AUGAAGACAUUUUCGUGUAUAACUCGAGCACUUCUCGUGAUAUAUUUUUUCAGUGCGCAAUCUUAUGGUGAAAUACCAGGAUAUACCGCAGGUAUUGAUUACCCAAAUUAUUCGGAAGUGCCAAAGGGAGGAAGCUUUUCAUGUGCAAACAGAUUGCCAGGAUAUUACGCUGAUAUGGAAACAAGAUGUCAGGUCUGGCAUUGGUGUCUUCAUUCUGGUCUCAAAUUUGAUUUUCUAUGCCCUAACGGAACUGUGUUCAAUCAAGAACAUCGUGUCUGUGAUUGGUUCUACAAUGUCAAUUGUGCACAAGCUGAAGAUCUUUAUUUAAAUAAUGAAGAACUUUACAAAGAUGCGCAAGGAAAUCCCAUCUAAUAUCUUACACGUAUUAAUCAUUGAAUAAAUUGUGAUACAUAUUCUACUUCCUCAUCAUGUUUUUGAUUAAUUGUCA